AUGCGCGUACUGUUCUGGAAGAAGUGGGCGCGCACCCGCGUGCGCCAGUGCGCAGACCUCAGCGCGUCAGGCGCCGCGGUCACUGUCACGUUUGAGCUCAUCCAGUCGGACCUGAUGUUGAAGCUGGAGGGCAGCUGGGCGUUCACGCUGCAGACGCCCAGCAAGCCGGGCGGCUGGCCGCUGUCGCGCGUGCAGUACCGCUUCUGCAUGUGGCCCAAGGGGGUGCCAAGCGCGCUGAGGCGGCUGCCGGGCCUGAUGGACGCCGUGCAGGGCGCCGUGGCGCGCGAGUCUGGGCAGAUGAUGGACAAGCUGGCGUUUGUGGAGGGCAAGAUGGCCUACCCCACCAUGCACAUCCUGGACGCCGUCUGCAUCGCGGCUGCGGAGGUGGACAGCGCGGGCUCCUAUAAGAAGCUCGCGAAGCGCGCCGCCAAGGCCUCCGCCGCAGCUGCCGCCUCCAAGCCGCGCCCGCAGGUGCCCGGUGGAUUCGCCCAAGCGCGGCCGCAGGUCGCGGUGCUGGCGCACCGGCUGUCCUUCGAGUCGCAGUCCUCUGUGGACUCGCUGCCAUCCUUUGACGCCGUGUCCUCUGACGGCGCCGACGACGCCCCCGCUGCGCCGCGCUCGCCGCGGGCGCGCCGCGGCGGGAGCGGCGACGGCAGCAGCGGGUCCGGAGGCUCGGCGACGAGCGAUGAGGGGGGCCGCGGCCGCGACGUGUUUGGCUCGGACUGCGGCUCGAGCGACUGCGACGGCGACGGCGGCGCGGGCAGGGACCAGCGGGGGCGCGCGGCGGACGCGGGGCUGCGCAUGGCAAAGAAGGGCCCCUUUGUGAGGCCCGGCGAUGGGCUCGUCUCGCUGUCGUGA